AAAUGUAGUACAUUUACGGGAAAACAAUUGUCAUGUGUAGGAUAGUUGUCAACACGUGAUGAUUUUCCAAAAAGAUGAAAUCGUAAAUGGAAAUUCCUUCUUUCCAAUUGGUUCUUACUGUCAGCUGGUAUAUAAACAGAAAGAGUAACCAUGAGCAAAUAAUGUAUAUAUGACUUCGGGGUGUUGAUGAUGAAGUAUACUACUGCAAGACAUGUCACAAGAGUACUUGGUUGUGGGAAUAUUAAGGUAUUACGUGCACUCAUGAGAAACCAGUCGACAACAGUUUUAAAUGAUGUCCAGAGAUAUUCAGCAUAUCCGCCGCAGGACCUUACAACACUUCUUUCGGACCAUGUGGCAGAAUUUUCGUAUGAUGAUUUAUCAGAUAAGGUCAUACAUAGAAGUAAACGCAUGAUUCUUGAUACAAUUGGAGUUGGUCUUAUUGGUUCACAAACUGACAUUGCAGCCACAUUCAGAGAAUUUGCCAUGGAAACACAUGGUGUUAACAAACAUGCCAAAGCUUUAGUUUGGGGAACCGAACAUUUAAAAAUGUCGCCACCUAUGGCUGCAUAUCUGAAUGGAUGUAGUACUCAUUCUAUGGACUUUGACGAUACAUGGCACCCAGCAACACACCCCAGUGGCCCAGUUUUACCAUCCAUUCUGGCCUUGGCUGACUCGCUUCCUAAAUCUCUCCAGCCUACUCUUCAAGAUAUUUUGGUGGCGUUUAACAUUGGUAUUCAAGUCCAAGGAGCUUUACUAAGAUGUUCAGCUAAUGCUCGGAAUAUUCCUAACAGGUUACACCCUCCUGCAAUAGUUGGUGUAAUGGGAAGUGCUGCUGCUUCAGCAAGAUUAUUGGGCUUAGGGACAUGGAAGUGCAGACACGCUAUGGCCAUAGCGGCAUCAUUUGCUGGAGCACCUAUGGCAAAUGCUGGAACAAUGACAAAACCACUACAUUCUGGAAAGUCUGCUCGUUUUGGUCUGGAAGCGGCCCUUCUUGCAGACAAAGGAAUAGAAGGAAAUAGCCAAAUUCUUGACAUGGUUUCAGGUUUUGGAGCUUUUUACGAAGAUUAUGACCCUGAAAUACUCAUCACUAUUUUGGAGACUGCUGACAAUGUCUUACUGCAUGACCAAGAUAUCGCAAUCAAACGUUAUCCGUGCCAUUUAGGCAUGCACUGGGGAAUUGAUGCCGCACUAAGUGCAAGGGAACAACUACAAAAUAAAAUUGGUAACUUUUCUUUCAAUGACAUUGAAGGCAUAAAAAUUAUAGCACCAAAAUCAAAGUAUAUAAACCGUCAGAUUCCAAACAGUGAACAUGAAGGCAGACAUUCGUUCCAAUUUACUGUCUGUUCGGCGCUGUUGGAUGGAAUUAUCACACCUGAAACGUUUAGACAGCAAUACAGAGAGCGACAGUCUGUAACUAACUUACUGGAAAAGACUGCAGUUGAAACUCCUGAUGACAACAUUCCUUCCUUUGCAGACAUGUAUGUCAACGUAUUGGUUCAACUAAAAGAUGGCACAUUUGAGGAGAGCUUGUGUUCAACACCGUAUGGACACUGGCGUUAUCCUCUAACCGAUAAAGACGUUCAAAAGAAGUUCCUAAAGAAUACAAAUUUUUUGAAAGGUGAAACUGGAAAUGAUAUAAUAAACCUUGUAAGUAGCAUGGACAAAAAUACAUCAGCUAACGAAUUGUCUCAAAUGUUACAUAGAUAAGUAAACUUUCCAAAUGAAAAUGGUUGUAUAUGCAAUGCAAUGUCGUUUUCCUAACUAUAUAUAUCGAGAUAUUAAAUUAUUUCAUGAAUUAUUUCUAUCUUCAUUGUGUAUUUACUAAGUUAUUUGUUAAGAAUAAAAUUUUGUUAGUGGU